AUGUCUGACGACUGGAGCAACGUCACCCGUAUCGGUACCAAGCACCGUGGCGGCACUGCGCAGCGCGAGACCGUUGUCAAGGGCCGCAGUGCUCUCAAUGCAGCCCAGCGAUCUGGUCUUGUCAUCGGCACUGAGAAGAAGUACGCCACCGGCAAUGCCGCUGGCCGCACUGGCGCCCCCGAAGGCCAACACUUGACCAAAGUCGACCGCAGCGACGACAUCAUUAAGCCCAAAUCCGUUGGCGGCGAAGUCGGCGACGCGAUCAAGCGCCGCCGAACCGAGGAAGGUUACAAGAUGACCCAAAAGGAACUCGCCACCAAGUGCAACACAACCGUUACUAUUGUGCAGGAUAUGGAGCGGGGUACUGCCAACCCAGAUCAAAAGGUUCUGAGUUCGAUGGAGCGUGUGCUCAACAUCAAGUUACGAGGAUCGGACAUUGGAACGGAGAAGUUUCCUAAGAAGAAGUAA